CUCCUUUUGCUUUUGUUAUGUUUUUUUCAGCGUAUAGAGGGCGUAGUAGACUAAAUUUUGUUUUCAGAGAGGGCUACAAAUACAGUAGUAUUAUACGUAACCACCUGGUCGGGGAAAUGUGGGGAAAGGAGGUUAAAUCUGCCAACAGUUGGGAGACUGCAAAUUUAGGGGAUGAAGCAAGACGCGAGAAGUUCCUCCGCCUCAUGGGAGCAAAGAAGAGUCAGGGAGCUGCACCUUCAUUGGGACCCACCAAACAUACAAGAACAGAUGAGCAGGAAAAGAAAAUGCAGUCAGACUUAGAAAGUCAAUUUCAACACAGUCUUGAUGCAAAGUUAGCUGGCAGGAGUAGAAGGCAUGUUGGAUUUGGUUUUCAGGAUGAAGAUGAAGAAGAAGCAGUAGAAAAAGAGAAGAAGGCCAAGGAACCGCAAGGAACACACAUACGCUUUGACUCGGAUGAUGAUAAUGAUGAUGAAGAUGAUGCUCAAACAGAAAAGAGUAAAGAACAGAAGAACAGAACUGAAGAAGAUAAGGUUGAGAAAGAAGAGUCUGAGAGUAAACGAAAGAAGAGGAAAAAACUAGAAAAGAGUCAAAAGCACCACGUUUCUAAAGUUCAAAGACAAGAAGAUGAAGAAAAGAAGAUCAGGACAGAAGAAGGGAGCAGUCCAGAAGAAGAGUCAGAGAGUGAAAGAAAGGAGAGAAGAAAAGUAGAAAAGAAUCAGAAACACUGCUCAAGUACAGAAGAAGCAACGAAAUCAGAGAAGAGGAAAAAGAAAAAAUAUGAUACUAUGUUGCAUGAAGAAGUUAAAAGAAAAAAAACAGAAGAUACUGGUAACCAGGAUUCUGACGAUUUAUCUGGUAGUUCGUCCAAAAAAAAGAAGCAUAAAAAGAAAAAAUGAAACAUUGGGUGUUGUAAUGCCAAGAGAUUAGAUAAAGUGGGACUACCUAAAAUUACUGCUGCCUUUGUAUCUCACAAUAAUUAAGACGGAAUAGUUCUGUUUCAGAACUAGUGCUUGUGUUGAUCUUUACACAUCAAUUGUCAGUACGUCUAUCAAGCUGAAACAGAGUGCGAAUUAAGUUUUAAAUACUAAAAUAUGUAUAUAUACAUAAGGUCCACCAGCUGCCUAAUCUGCAAAGGACAUCUAUCACAUGUAGAAUCCUACGUUCUUUAAUCCCAGGAAAAAUUACAUAAUUUGUUGUCUCAUAAAAAUGAGACAACAUGAGUGCAGAAAUUUGAGGCAACCAGGCUCUCAAUUUCAAAUUCCCCAGUAUUUUACAACACUUGCGAAGUCAUGUAACAUACAAUUUAUUUAAAUUAUUAUUAAAUGAUUUAUCCAAUGAAUGAAUUGCUGUUUAUCUGAAAACCUAUUUUAAAGAAAUUAUGGUAAUAAAAUUAGUGAAUUACAAUUCUAAAUAUGAACAACUAAUAGUAGGUAUGGCCAUGUGGGUAACGUAUAAAAUAAAAACACUUGUAAGCACUUUAUAGACCAACUUAAA